AUUACAAUGCUAAUUGUUUAUUGCAAAUGGGCCCAUGAUUGACGACUAUAUGUUGCCAACUGAAUCAUGUGGACUCAUCAGACACAGUAAACAACAUACAAUAGGAGUCUCCACAGACUAAAACUCAAAUUUCAUUGGCUGUGAAGCAGCAUCCGUCUGUUUAUAUAAUGCUCAGAGGAAAGUCUAGGUGCUCGUAGAGCCUGAGACUGAAGGAGGUUGUGCAUGGUUUGCUGACUAUGAUUAGCUGAAAGGAUCCUGACCAGAGCUCAAAAUCAGUGCUUAGUGUUUCCAAUGAAGUAAUACGGAUGAAGGUAUUGAUUGCUGAGAACUAAUUAAAUAAACGCACAAUAUUUGUAGAUAUUAAGAAGCCCAAUAAUCUGACUCAGAACAACGUUUUGGACUAGCAGUUCAGUGUUCCAUCUGUUACAGUAACACUAUUCUUGCAAAACUUGAAUUGAACGCCUAAAACACCAGGUGGAAUGGACUUCUCAAAUACUUCGAACCUCAACAGCACUGUGAAAUCACCGACUCUUUUCUGCUACGAGUCUUUGAGUGGAUCGUGUGUGAGGAUUGCUCGACCCCUGAGCGUUCAGGUUCCGAUGUUCACAUCGAUGGUGUUAGCCAUACUGGUGACUGUUAUUGGGAACCUUCUGGUCAUCACCUCCAUUGCACACUUCAAGCAGCUCCAAACCUCUGUAAACCAACUGCUCGUUUCCCUGGCUGUGUGUGACCUCCUUCUGGGAGUGUUUGUAAUGCCAUGCAGUGCUGUGCGCUCUGUCCAGGGCUGUUGGUACCUAGGAGGGUUUCUGUGUAAGCUCCACACCAGCACUGAUAUUAUGCUGAGCACAUCCUCCAUCUUCCAUCUAUCCUUCAUCUCCAUUGACCGUUACUUUGCUGUCUGCAGGCCACUGUCGUACAGACUGAUCAUCACCAAUAACACUGUAUUGAUCAUGAUCACCAGCAGUUGGCUGGUCCCUGCCAUUUUUGCUUAUGGAAUGAUCUUCCCUGAGAUCAAUCUGAAAGGCAGGGAGGAUUUCUAUGAAACACAUGUCAAGUGCAUUGGAGGCUGUCAGGUGUUCUUUAGUCCAGUGGCGGCUUUAGUAGCAUCUUCCUUCAGUUUUUACAUCCCAGGCAUGAUCUUGAUUUGUAUAUAUUCCAAGAUAUAUUGGGUUGCCAGGGCUCAGGCCAGGUCCAUUAAAGAUUUAUCUCGUCAGUUUAAAGAGGCAGACUCUGGACGUAGAGAGAGACGAGGGGCAAAUAUUCUUGCAAUAGUAGUGGGAGUGUUUCUAAUCUGCUGGAGUCCCUUUUCCUUGUGCCUCAUCAUUGACCCUUUCAUACAGUACUCCAUCCCCCCGCUGUUGGGGGAUACUUUGGUUUGGUUUGGAUAUUUGAACUCUGCUUUUAACCCUAUUGUCUAUGCUUUCUUUUACACUUGGUUCAGGAGGGCUUUGAAAAUCAUCAUCAGUGGUCACAUCUUUCACAGAGGUUCUUGUAGAUUUAGAUUGUAUUCUGAGUAAAGUUUCAGUUGACAUUGUAUGAUGUGUGUUCAAAUAAAUAUAUGAAUUAUGGUGGGAUGUAACAUGUGACAGUUAUACAACUAAAAGAUAAAGCUUGAGUAAAAAUGUAACAGAAGCUGCUUUUAACCUGUUUCAUAUAAAGCUGUUUGCCUGAAAUAAAUGUGUUUCAAUGCC